AUGUCCUCGAAAGAGAUAGUCGACAAAAAGGGUGAACCCAUUGAGGUUGGGGAUGAAGUUUCAACCAAAAUUCGCGGCGGAAAACGCACAGGUGUAGUUUCGGACAUUGUGGCCUCGAAAGAGGAGGCAGAAGCAAAGGGCGUCAAGAACCCACCGAAGGUUCUGUUUGAAGAUCAGCAUGGUCACCAAGUUGCACAUAAUCCUCAGACACUUGUCCACGGAGAGAAUCCGUCUUAG